CAUGUUUGGAAAUGAACUGAGUGUUUCUCCUCCACAGUGGACGAGUACAUCGCCAUCGCCAAAGAGAAACACGGAUACAACGUGGAGCAGGCUCUGGGGAUGCUCUUCUGGCACAAACACAACAUCGAGAAGUCUCUGGCCGACCUGCCGAACUUCACGCCGUUUCCUGAUGAGUGGACGGUGGAGGACAGAGUUUUGUUCGAGCAGGCGUUCAGCUUCCACGGGAAGAGCUUCCACCGCAUCCAGCAGAUGUUACCUGAUAAAUCCAUCUCCAGUCUGGUGAAGUAUUACUACUCCUGGAAGAAGACCCGAUCCAGAACCAGUCUGAUGGACCGGCAGGCCCGCAAGCUGGCCAACAGGUCCAACCAGGACGACAGCGACGAGGAGAUGGAGGAGGCCAAUCCCAUCGAGGCCAACGACAGCGACUACGACCCAAACAAGGAAACCAAGAAAGAGACCCAGGUGGAGCCGGUGGCGGCGGGCUCUAAGGUGGCGUUGGGUCGGCGGGAGCAUCACACCCUCCAGCACCGACACCACCAGCGCUCCCGCUGCCGCCCCCCCAAAGGCAUGUACCUGACCCAGGAGGACGUGGUGGCUGUUUCCUGCAGCGCCUCCGCCGCCAACACCCUCCUCCGUCAGCUGGACAUGGAGCUGGUGUCACUCAAGAGACAGGUUCAGAACGCCAAACAGAUGAACAGUGGGCUGAAACACAUGCUGGAGUCUGGGAUUGAUGAGUUCAGGCUGCCGGAGGGUAACCAGAAGGUGAACGCCCGCUGGACCACAGACGAGCAGCUGCUGGCCGUUCAAGGUGUCAGGAAAUACGGGAAAGACUUCCAGGCCAUCGCUGACGUCAUCGGGAACAAGACGGUGGGACAGGUGAAGAACUUCUUUGUGAACUACCGGCGAAGGUUCAACCUGGACGAGGUGCUGCAGGAGUGGGAGGCCGAGCAGGGGACAAGAGCUCCCAACGGAGACAGCGCCACCUCUGGUGAGGAGGGGAAGAACAGCUCCACCACCCCGUCAGGGAAGAGCACCGACGAAGAGGACGAAGAGGGUCAGGUGACGUCCUCUGGUGCUUCUCCAGCUGCCUCCUCUUCUUCUGCACCUCAGAUUCCGGUGACAUCGAGUGCUUCUUCGUCCUCCUCCCUCCACCAGCCCCCUCCCCUCCUGCGGCCCUCCCUCCCUGCCACGCCCUCCUUGCACCGCCAGCCCCCGCCUCUUCAACAGCAAGCCCGCUUCCUGCAGCCCCGCCCCACCCUGCAGCAGCCCCCGCCUCUCAUCCGCCCCUCUAACCCCCUUCCUCCUCGCCUCAACCCCCGCCCCCCUGUUCCCAUGGCGCUCUGCAGCAACCCGGGGGGAUCAGGGUCAAGCACCGCCCAGCAGCCACCAAGCCUGGCUAUCCACCAAUCAGAGACGGCUUCUUCUUCUUCGAUCCACUAAAGAACGACUUGCAAAAAAAAGGAUCUCUGCUGCGUUCAGGCACUGUGGGGAAAUCUGAGUGACUUUAUCCUUUAACACAUUUUCACUACAUCCAAUCAGCUUGUCCGUUUUAUCACACCUGAACUUACAGGUGACACUUUAACACAGAGCGACGUCCAAGAAGUUUGUCCUUCAGUUUUCAGACGCGGUGAACCUGCUGCGUGAGGUUUGAUAAGAAGUUUUUCAAACUUUAUUAAACCACACCUUCAAUCAUUGAUCCUCAACAGACAUGUGGCGUCCCACAGGGUUCAGUCCUGGAUCCUUUUUAGUUCUCCAUCAGUUUACCUUACUUUGACAUGAGUAGACCUUUAAAAAAUAACAAUGAUGUUGACACUUUUUUAAAAGCCCAGGAAAUACUCGUAACUGGAGGCGGUUUUGGGAUUUAUUUUAAGUCAUUGCUUGCACUUAGAUUUUCGCAGCUUCAAGGAUAAGAAAAGAUAAAGAGCUGUUUGUAAAUUCUUGUGCGGAGAUUUGUAAAUUGAUCGUACAGUUUGGAAUCUUUGGGCAUGUGCAGACAGAUUAGUAUGAAGCAAGUCAACUGAUGCAAAGCACUACAGCUUUUAUAACCUAAACUAGUUUGCAAAGCCUGUCCCUAGAUGGGCCUUUAAAAUAUAUAAAACUGUGUGCAUGGUUUACAGUCUAAACCGUACGCACAGAUUUGGAAACUGUGCCGAAUAGAAGCUGAUUUGCAAGCAGCUUUUUAUUUGUUCUUCCUUGAGGAGCUUGGCACCAAUAAAUACCAGAAGGUGAAAUCUGCGUUGCUUCUGAUGUGAUCACAGCUCAUUGUUCAAUCUUCAAUUGUUUAAAAAGUUUAAGGAUGAGCAUGAUAAUUUUUUAUUUUUUAGCUUUCCAGGAUCAGCUGACACAUCUCAUUUAGCCCUGAUUUAGUUUUUUGUAUUUAAUGAAUCUGGAUUGGAUAAACCAGCUCUAGGUCCUGACUUUUAAAGAUUACCAAAUCCAGAUUACGAGACCUUUAGAGGGUACUUCACACUACAUUAUUUGUCCAGAGCCAAACUCCCCCCAAACUGAAAGAUCCUCAGAGCUGCUUUCAAUUAUAAAAUCUGUUUGAUACAUCAGAUGACUUUUGAGCUCCUGGACCCGGGACUUAGUGUCCUCCUGUUGUCGCUAAAAUGAACACUUUCACCUUUAGGGGGUGCUGAUGGGACUCUGUUUUUAUUUAUAUCCCUCCGAUGUUUGCUGCAUGUCUCUGAAAAUCAUCUCAUUGGUUCCUACUGAAUUUUAAACCCUCACGUUUCAAACCGCUGCUCGCUGAAGUUUCUCUCAAACAAACUGAGAACAUAGGCUGCUUUUACUAAAAGAACAAACAUGGCGGUGUAUCCAUGGUAACAGGAGGUGAAGAAGCUCCCUUGAUGCCUGUGUGAUAGAUGGAGAGCAGACGUUUCAGUAGCAGUAGAUGUCGACGUGUACGCUUUGGUAUCUGUUUAAGUUGUAAGUCACCCGAUGAGCGGUCGCUAACUCGUUAGCUGCACGUUGUGGUUGGACGUUGAUUUAAAAACACUAAAACUUUCACGCAGACAUCGUGGUGCAGUUUGUGUAAAUUACUGAAGAUGUUUUCACUGUUUGUGAUCGUUCUGGAAUCUGAAAACCUUCUUGUAUCGUCGUCUUCAGACAUCACUUUGUCUCUUCAUUAUUUAUUCUUCUGUUUCUUCCAGGUGCUAACACUUUGGACUCAAUGUCUUUGAUUAUUGUGAAAGUGCUCUUAAUGCUUUAAUGGACAAACAUUUCAUGUGGGUGGAGUCAUCGACUCGCUCAUUGAGUCGCUCAUCAAGUCCUUUGAGUUUCAGUAGAUUCAGUUUUAACUGCUGAGACAUCUCGAAUAAAAAUCGACAUUUUUACCAUCA